AUGUGACGUUGAUGCAGGUGCUCAUGCUGAGGAGGAGAUGAAGGAGGAUAAAGGAGAAGAGCAGCAGCAGCAGCACAUCUACAUUCAAAAGUAUAAACAUUUGAUAGGUUUAGCAAAGUUAGUAGAGAUUGCAGGCAGUGAGAAUAUCAAAAUGAGAAGUCGAUCAUUCUAAAUUUGUAUGAUAUAUAUUAUAUAUUGUGUAGUUAUCAAUUAUAUUGUAACCUAUUUUAUACAAGUUUAACUGAAUUAUUAUUGUACUUGUUGCUGGCCAUUUGAUAGUUUUAGAAAAUAUUGGGUUUCACUUGCAUCACAUGGCAUGGCUCAUGAAUAAGAUAUGGGCACAUGAGUAGCCCUAUCUUGUUUCUAGCCUGAGCAUCUCCCUGGAAGUGUUGCACUGGAAACCUAAACUUUGGGAGAGUUUGAAUCCUGUUGCCACUAGACGAGGAGUUUAUUCAAUGCCAUCGCUUUUAUAACAAAACGUGUAGUUUGAUGACCUGUGAGCUACGACUGUAUAAAACAAGAAUGGCCCUUGAGAUGUCCAACGAUAAACGGAUAAAACUCGGAGCGCUCUGGUGACUCGAAUCCAAUUGCGCCCCUAUCCAAAAAAUAUCCUCCCCAACUGGGAGAUUCAUACUGGACGUUUGGAAGCGGAACGAACGAUGACUAGACGCAGUGACAGCGAUAAUGACGGAGAGACUUCAUCCCCGUCUCCGUCCUGGCGCCCAAAGAAAUGUAAAGGUGAAAAGCAUGUGUCUUUCCCUCCGGAUGAGGAGAUAGUGUCAGGCUUCGCUGAGCGCAAGGACACGAUCAAUGUUGACAGCCUCACCUUGGCAGAGGUAAUUGAGGCCUACAAGAGGAGCUGCGACAGGCACCAGGUGGAACCUAAACCCAAGAUUCUGGAACAACUUGAGCAGGUUACCAGUUUAAAUGGCAGGGCCCCAUGUCUGGAUUUGAAAGGUGAGCGAUUAGACCACCUUUCCUGCGAGGCUCUGGAAGUCAUACUGAAAUCACUGAGCUUUGAUUUCAUCAAUCUGCAAGCGGCAGAGCUGGAGGAAAAUGGAGCAUCAUCCUUGCUGGAUAUGAUUUUGUAUUAUGAAUCUACCCCCCAUCUUGACAUCUCUGACAACACCGGCAUGGGGAUAUCUGGUUGGAAGGCCCUCUCUCAUUUGAUAAAGCAGAGUGUGUGUCUGUUGAGGCUGGAUGUGUGUAACGUGGCCCUGCUACAGUAUCCAGCCCAGGUCCUGUCAAGAGCCCUCCUAAGCAGCAGACUCACCGUGCUGCACCUCCAAAGCACCUGCCUCAGUGGCAGACCCCUCUUCACGCUUGUGGCUGCUCUGAAGAGCAACAGAGCGCUCCGGGAGCUGUACCUGUCCAACAAUAAUCUGAACAGCGAACAGGACUCUAUGCAGUUAGGAGACCUGCUCAGAUACAACAGCUCAAUCACUACUCUGGACCUCAGCAACAACACCAUAGCAAACUCAGGACUGGAGGAGAUCUGUGAAGGUCUGAGAGUUCAGACAGAUGGACUGAAGAUUCUGAUUCUAUGGAACAACCAGAUCACUAACAAUGGACUGGUCCAUCUAGCCAAAGUUCUGCCUGUCCUAAAGACUCUGGAGACAUUGAACCUGGGGGAGAAUAACCUGCAGAACAGAGGUAUCCACACACUGAGGGAAUCUCUGAUGAUGAACCACUCACUUUUGCAGCUAGGCCUGGAACACACACACUUCACUUGUGAAGGUGCUGUAGCUUUGGCUGAGUUCCUAGCUGAGAGCCGUCAGAUCCAGCGCCUGGACGUGCGUGAGAACGAAGUCAGGGCUGGAGGUCUCAUGGCCCUCUCUCUGGCCUUACGAAUCAACCACAGCCUCACCUCACUAGACCUGGACCACACACCCAAACAGGAACAGGUACAUCAGUCUCAAGCAGAGCUGAGGAGAACAAUGCUGCCACAACUUAAAUAUGAGUACUUUAAUCCACAGUCGUUAGUUGGUCAUGUUAAAGUUCACAAUUGGAAGUCAGAUAAAGACAACUAAAAAGUAAUCCAUGGUGGUAUGUCAGUGUUGCCUUUUUCUCCUCUGUGUGUGUCUGUGAAGGCCUGAGGAGAACUAUUCUGCCACUACCUUAAUACAGGCCCCUGCUGGAUUCACAAAAUAAUUACCCACACUUGCCAUCUGUUUGUCAUGAUUUUAUCUCAGCUAACUUAUUUGCAUAUUAAAGCAUUAAUUAAAAUCUCCAAGGAACGGAAUUCUUACUUUAAAAUUAACUCCAAUGGCUUCGUGUG